AUGCAGCCCUUGUUGGACCGCCGCGACGCUCAACAUGCCGACUUUGCCGCCGUGGUAGGCGUGGACGCGCCGUCGGCAGUGGCGACCGUCUUGUCGUCUGCCGUCUCGGCGGCCGUGGUCGCGGUCGCGGCCGCGGCGACGGGCGCUCCGACGACGGCGCCGUCCUCGGUGCCGGAUCCGGAUCCUCCGCGGCGCCACGGGUCCGAAGGCGAGUGCCAGCUGCUGGGGUCCUUUGCCUUGCUCGUCCAGGCCGCCCUGGGGGCGCUGGCCCUGCUGUCGCUCGUCUUCAAGCGUUGCCGGGAGCGGCCCCAGAGACCCCUCAAGAUCUGGUUCUUCGACGUGUCCAAGCAGGUCUUUGGCUCCGUCCUGGUGCACAUCGCCAACAUCUUCAUGUCCAUGCUCACCAGCGGCCGGUUCAUGCCCAUGCUCACCAGCGGCCGGUUCUCGAUAAAGCUCGAGCCGGGCGCUGCCCAGGCCCGCGCUGAAGAUCCAUACGUGCCCAACCCGUGCUCGUUAUACCUGCUGAACCUGGGCAUCGACACGACGCUAGGCAUCCCCAUCCUGAUUAUCCUGCUCAAAAUCAUCACCGGCCUCGUCGCCCUCACCCCGCUCGGGAAACCCGUCGAGUCCAUCCAGUCCGGCCACUACGGCGACCCCCCCAACGCCUGGUGGUGGCUCAAGCAAUCCCUCCUCUACUUCUGCGGCCUGUUCGGCAUGAAGCUGUGCGUCCUCAUCGUCUUCCUGCUCAUGCCCUGGAUCUCCCAGAUCGGCGACUGGGCCCUCAGCUGGACCGAGGGCAACGAGGAGCUGCAGAUUGCCUUUGUCAUGAUGAUCUUCCCCCUCAUCAUGAACGCCCUGCAGUACUACAUUAUCGACUCCUUCAUCAAGCAGAAGCAGGCCGGGGGCGGCCACGAGCGCCUCGCCUCGGACGACGCGGACCAAGCGCCGCUGCGGGGGCCGUACCGCUCGCGCGCGCCGAGGGCCAGCAGAGCCCGCAGCGUGGACGGCCACGCCGACGACAGCGACAGCGACAGCGACAGCGACGCCGACUUUGACUUUGACAGCCACGCCCGGCCUUUGCGAUCAAAGCGUUCCCGGAGCAGCGUCGACGACGAGUACGACCCUGCCUACCACGGGGACGCGCACGCGCACCCCGUCGUUGGAAGCGGAAGCGGUUCCAGCAGGAGCAGGGUUGAUGGCCUCCCGAUUGGGCGCGAGCUCUACCCCAAGGAGUAG